CGUUAUCGUACGGCCGAUAGGUCUGUGACUAACUGUUGUCCGGGGUUCGUAGGCCCCCCUUGUAUUGACGUGAACGAGUGCUCGUCUAACCCGUGUCUUAAUGGAGGUCGUUGUAACAAUCUUCAGAAUGCAUACAGUUGUAGCUGUAAUUCUGGCUGGAGGGGAACAAGAUGUCAAACUGACAUUGAUGAAUGUGAAUCUGGACCUUGUCGAAAUGAUGGUGGAUGUGAAGAUAAGGUCAAUGCGUUUCUCUGCCAUUGCCAAUCUGGUUGGACAGGGACAACGUGUGCAGAAGAUAUUGAUGAAUGUAAUUCCGGACCGUGUUUGAAUGAAGGAGCAUGCGUUGAUCAUCCAAACUCAUUCACCUGUAACUGCACUGAGGGAUGGUUUGGCACCUAUUGUCAGAGUGGCUUCUGUGCGUCGGACCCUUGUCUCAAUGGAGGUACUUGCAUACCAGCUGAACAACAAUGUGCUUGCUCAUCGCUCUACGCAGGAACAACAUGCAACAUUGACCAAACACAAGAUGGUGUGCCAACCGUUACCUCUCACCCCAGAAAUAAAACUGUAGGUAUAUCGGAGAUGGUAGUAUUGAACUGUGAAUUCCAAGAUGUUCAGCACUUUGACUGGUGGAGAGAUGGGAAAAAGGUGCCUGACACCCGUGAUAUAUCUAACUAUGUCAUCGGUGAGAUGACCCCCUCUGAUCAGGCGUACUAUAGCUGUGUCGGUUUCCCAGAAAACGGACCUCAUAUUGAAAGCAACCACGCACUGCUUAGAAUCAGAGAUAUGUCUAUUUUUCAUCUGAAGUUCAAGCUUGUAGGAAAUUUCACGACAUUUCAAGCUGAUCAAGAAUCUUCAGAUUACAAGACCCUUGUGCGUGAUAUUCAAGGAAAGUCCGAGGCAGUGUUUGAGGCGCCUGAAACUGAGAGUGACACCAAUGGCACUAUUUACAUUCACGUGAAUCAACUUCUACCAGAUGACGGUGUAUUGGUUGAUAUGAGAGCUUACAUAGCCAACAGUAGCAUGAGUACACAAGAAGAAAUAGACCUGCUGUGGAGCGGAUUAUCCUCUGUGGCGAAAAGCUCUGACGGUUUCUUUGACCCUUCCACCCUUCUGGUACUAAGUACAGUUUUAUGUCCAAACACCUCUUGGUCAUCUCCGUAUGGUAUUGUCCAGUUUUCGUCAGGAGACCUUCAUUCGUGGAUUGAAUCGAGUGGAGAAUUUUGUCCAUUUUUCACCAUCAAGGAUGGAGAGCCAAUAGCACGAGCCGUCUGCUCCGGUGAUUAUAUCUAUCCUUGUGCAUGGGUACCUUCAGAUAACUGCGGUGUCAAUAAAACAGCUGAUCAACUCUUAAUCUACUUAGAAGAGAAUCUGAUGACUGGUGAAAGCGACAUUCAGGACGCCCUGUCAGUAUUGACUGGGAUCUCCCAAGACACGAAUGUUACUUCUGCUGGGGUCGAUGCUGCCUUUGACAUCAUUCACCAGACAGGGUCGAUUUCUCAACCAACCCAAGAGAAUGUUGCUUCAGUCGUGGACAUCGUUAGCAACCUGGCCACGUUAGACCAAGCCCUCACCAUGGAUGCUGAGAAGAAAAAUGGUGCUGUCAGCAGAGCCACCAUGGCCUUGGAGAAAAUCCUUCUAGCAGUCAAUGUGCCAUCCAACCAGACCUUCCAACAAGUGGCAGCAAACCUAGUGGUACAGGUAAUCAACUCUGAGUCUGAUGGUGUCCGUGAUGGGAUUGCCUUCUCCAUCAUCGGCGAUGACAGCCAAUCCUUUGAUGAAAGUGACAUCCAGCUAUCCACCAACAAUCUCGGCAAUGGUAACCGAGGUGGUGUUGUCCAAGCAUCUGUCGUCAUUGGGCCAGAGACCAUUGAUGAAGGCACCAUGGGGAAUAUAGCAUUUACUGUGUACCGAGACGAUGCAUUGUUUGUAAUGGACGGUGGUCAAGACAAUCAGGUGGGAAGCAAUGAUGGGCGUCGCAAUAUCACGGUCAAUACUAAUAUCAUCGGAGCGAGCCUUGGUACGAGUGAAACCAAACCUCUGAAUGAUCCGGUCACCAUAACACUGGAACACAAACAGCGAAAUGCAACAAAUCCGCAGUGUGUCUAUUGGGAAUAUUCCACUAAUGCUUGGUCAAGCGAUGGCUGUGUUUUGACAAUCACUUCCGAGACACAUACCGAAUGCCAGUGCAAUCAUCUAACAAGUUUUGCUGUUCUUAUGGAUGUGAGUGGGAUCCCCAGAAGAUCUGAGAGAGUUGAACAAGUGUUUGGGAUUCUCAGCUACAUAGGAUGUUCUCUCUCUAUUGUAGGCCUCUUGGUGACCCUGGCUGUCUACGGCACUGAUAGGAAACUUCGUUGCUUGCAGCACAUCCGGAUCUUAAUGUGUCUCUGCAUCACGCUCCUCUUCCUGUACGUCUUCUUCAUCAUCAUGACAGCACUCGACCGAUAUCCUGGAGAACCCGAGGUCGGUCCAGGUCUGUGUGGGGUCAUCGCCGCUGUCCUCCACUUCACCACGCUCUCAUCGAUGUCCUGGAUGGGCGUUGAAGGGAUAAACAUGUUCCUAAUGGUUGUCCGUGUCAUGGACUCGUAUAUCCCACUCUUCAUGAUGAAAGCCUCCACCAUUGCAUGGGGAAUCCCUGCUGCGAUAGUACUCCUUACUGGUGUUAUCUCGAGACAGAAUUACGCCAACUCCGACUACUGUUUUCUUCAGAAAUGGCCACUCGUAGGCGGUCUGCUCAUCCCAAUGGCCUUCAUUCUCGCUCUUAAUCUGAUCAUCUUCGCUCUCGUUAUGCGUCGUCUCAUGCGCAUCAAAUCGGGUGGCAGGAAUGCUAGCGAGUUAAAAUCAGAAGCCCGCCACGAGAUCAUGCGCCGUCUCACAAACGGGAUCGGCGUCCUCCUCCUAUUUGGUUUGACCUGGCUCGUUGGAUACUUCACCGUGAUCGAACAACUCAAUCUCGCAGUCCAUGUCAUCUUCAUUCUACUCAACUCUCUCCAAGGAUUCUUCAUCUUUGUUUUCUACGUUCUCCGACAACCGCAAAGCCGUGCGCAUUUGCGGGAACACAUGGGUUGCUGUCUCCACGAUUCACCCUUGACGACAAAUGCAGGUCCGAUGAGUAUGAAACAGACUACGAUGACAGGAACAGAGAAUUCGAUUAACAAGUCUGUGUUGAGUGAAUCUGAUAUUGAUGUAAAUAUCCAUGACGAAGUAUGUGAGUAAUGCAUUACCCUAAAUUACUCACAUUUCUUUUCAACAUUCAAUUUUGGUAUAGGCCCAAUCAUUUGUAAAACUCUGAGUCUAGUCAACAGUAAUCACUCUACUUAAAACAAUUUGAAAGAUUAACAAAAAAACAAAACUGACACAACAAAACUUGAAGUAUUGACAUUCGCUGACAUCAUAUCUGAAGCUACAAAAUAACAAUUAUGGAAUGCUGUAUUUAGAUAUUUCGAUUGGUGUUCAUAUAAGAUAACAUUAAACAAAAAGAUUAACAUACUUGUUGUAAUAUGAACCAUUGAAAUACUAAUCGUUUGUGUGCAUGGUGGAUGCUUAGAAUAUGUAGCAUUUUUAAAAUAUAUCUUCUGGUCAAGUUAAUUUGUUUCCCAAAAUGUAAAUACAAUAUUUGUUACCUUUCUGUUACUCCGUUGGGUAAAAUUGAGUAAAUUUGAAACUUGUAUGUUUGUUAGAUAAAAUAUUACUGGAUAAAUCUGUACCCAAUUAGGGUACAUCAUACCUAAUACUUUUUUUUCCACCCAACAAGCAUGCAAGUUCGCAUUUUAGCCAAUAUAAUAGUGCAUACAAAAAAGGUAUCCGAAUUUUGAUAGCUCCUAAUUAAAAUUUCAAAACCAAUGUGAAUUUUAAAUCUAUUUCAUGAUGAAGAGU